GUCAGUUUUGGUAUGACAACCAAAAUUUCCAAACCAAAAUAAUUUCCAAAUUGGAAAUUAGCGGGAAUCAUGGGAUCUCUGAACCACACCCAAAUAAACCAACUUUGGCAGCUCCGCUACCGGCCACCUAACUCUUCCCUCUCCCUUCCCCUACUCUUCACUUCACUCUAUUCUCAACCUGCACCAACCACCACUUUUAAAAAGAUGUGGCAACUUCUCCUUGCCGCAGCUUUAGCAGGAUCUGCUACUUUCGUUGCUAAGCAUUUUCUUGCUCAGGAACGCCCUAAAGAGGAAGAAAAUCCUUUUGAAGAUUCGAUUGCUUCUGCAUUUCAAUCUCCUCUAUUUCCUAACCAUGGUAAUGAGUGCGGAUACGACAGUAAUUUCCAGCAACCACCUGAUGGGACUGCUUCUUCGUCAAGUGGUAAGAAAACUAGGAUUUCGAGGAACAAAUCGGGCAUCACUGGUCGCCGAUUGAAUUUUGGUGCUGAAAAUUACAAGGCUGAUAAAAGAUCUGGUGGUUCCGAGAAGAGUGCAAGGCGAUUUGCUGUUUGCUUGAAGAAGAGGAGAACUGCCAAGAGUGUGCCUUCCAAGUGUGGAUCCCGUUCUUCUAAAGAUAGCUCUUUGUUUGGUUGUGGACUUGGCAUUGGAAUCAUGUAUAUGAUGUCAGCUGGGAAGGCUGAGAUCAGUAAGCUAAGCAAUGCCAUGGAUGAGACUGCAAAAACUGUUAAAGAAUUAAGAACUGAACUGUAUAAAAGAAGGUCAGCCAAAGUUGCAGCUAUCUCAAAAGAUUUAAGCAGUAAUAAUGAAUUAGAGUUUUAUAAAGCAGGUACAGGGCACAAUAAUGACUCCAAAGUUAUCAAAGCUUCUGGGAUCCCAAUGAUUGAUGAUGUUGAAUGCCCAAGUAGUGGUCUUAUAGAAGAGCCAGAGCCGCAGCUGCUGGAAAUGGAUCAACUGGAAGCAGAGCUUGCAUCUGAACUACAAAAACUGCUUCGGGUUAUGAAGGAGUUGGACCAUGGAAGUUUUUAUAGUUCAGAUGCAAGCUCUACUUCCAGUUGAUCCAUUUCCAGCAGCUGUGGCUCUGGCCCAAGUAAGACCACUACUUGGGCAUUCAACAUCAUCAAUCAUUGGGAUCCCAUAAACUUUGAUAGCUUUGGGGUCAUUGUUGUGCCCUGUACCUGCUCUAUAAAACUCUAGUUCAUUAUUACUGCUUAAAUCUUUUGAGCUAGCUGCAACUUUGGCUGACCUUCUUUUAUACAGUUUAGUUCUUAAUUCUUUAACAGUUUUUGCAGUCUCAUCCAUGGCAUUGCUUAGCUUACUGAUCUCAGCCUUCCCAGCUGACAUCAUAUACAUGAUUCCAAUGCCAAGUUAUGAAGGAGUUGGACCAAAUAUGGAUAAGGAACCUACAAAUCUACAAUGCCAUGGAGUAUUGCCAUCUGAACUGGAUCGGAAACUGUCUCAUUUGCUCAUCGAACAACAGGGAAAUCAAAUUGAGGAGCUAGAAUCUGAAUUGCAUUCUGCCCAGUCCAAACUCCAUGAGAAGGAAGCUGAACUCCAGGCGCUGAAGGACUGUGUAAAAUGCCUGACUGAAUUCUCCCUAUUAACUGUAUCAGGCAAGUUUUUUCUUCCUCCAUCCACUCAAGGUUGUAUGUUUAUGAGUUAUAAUAUUCUUGGAAGAAAGGAACAACUCAACUAUUGGUCUUUGCAUGAGUUGGGGUUACCAUAUGCUAACAAAAAGCCUUGUCAUGUGAAAUGCCUCUCUCUAAACCUGAGCAUUGUUUCACAGAUGAUGAAACUGUGACAUAUGUUGAGCAAGAGUGCGCCAGUGAAUGGGAUAACGAAAGCAACAUGGGUUCUGAGUCAAGGAAAUCGACGGUGGGGAUGAAAAGGUCUAUAGGGACUGCAUAAUUCAGUUGUUAACAUGUUUGAUUUUAGUUUAUUAUACCAUAUGUUAAUGUGAUAUGUGUCUAUAUGAUGUGGGUAGGAAGGUAAUUGAGUAGGCAGCUUAACUUCCCUCUCCUAGGCCCGACUAGUAUUUUUAGCAUGUAAGGAUUUUUAUUUUAAUUUUUCUUAUGUCUAUAAUUUAAUGUCUAGACCUGAGCUCUCUUUUAUCUUUUACUAAAUCGAUUUGACUUUAGCUUGCUUGUAUCAUUUCUAGUUCUAGGACUAACACUUUGUUGAGUGCAAUAAGGAAGGCCAUAAAUCAUAGUUGCCUUGUUC